CUCGGAGCUCCUGGAUGACACGGCCCUCCUGGAUGCGCUGGGACAGCUGAUUGGUGACCCGUUCCUGACUGAUAAAUAUGAAAUGAUGGAAGUGGACAACCCAAACUCGCCUUCUCCCAUGAUCAAAGCAGAACAUAGUUACUCACUGUGCGGAGAUUCACGCCCUCAGUCUCCAUUCACCCAUGGCUCCUCUGAUGACAACUUUAGUGAUGGUGAUCUUACUGGUGAGGACUGGUGUCUCGGAGGACAGCUCACUUCCUCCAAAAUAAAGAUGGAGGUUCCUGUGCAGGAGAGCCCAGGUCUUGCCCCUUCGGUCAGCUUGACGACCAGCGCAGUGACAUUGCCUCUUGAAGUGGAUGUAUUGCCACAACUGCCGGAGGUAGACCAGAUGAAGCCUCUGAGCCCCAAACCUCUGCCACAAAUCAAGCUGGAGCCACACGAAGUGGACCAAUUCCUCAACCUCUGCCCCAAAGAGCCGUCCUCAUCAGACACGUUGCAGCUGCCCCCUACUCCUCCCAGCAGCCAUGGGAGUGAUUCCGAAGGAGGCCAGAGCCCCAGCCGGUCCCUCCCACCUUCCAGUCCUGUCCAAUCACAGUCCGGGAGCAAAGUGACUGCUCGCAGCCCCUCGGCACUCUCCAAUUCCCCCCUUCUGACGGCUCCACAUAAGCUUCAAGGAACAGGGCCCCUAAUUCUGACCGAGGAAGAGAAGAGGACCCUUAUAGCGGAGGGAUACCCCAUCCCCACCAAACUACCCCUCACUAAGGCUGAAGAAAAGGCUCUGAAAAAAAUCCGCCGGAAGAUUAAAAACAAGAUCUCAGCCCAGGAAAGCCGAAGAAAGAAAAAAGAAUACAUGGACAGCUUGGAAAAGAGGGUGGAAAAUUGUUCUUCAGAAAACAGCGAUCUGCGGAAGAAAGUGGAGGUUCUAGAGACUGCUAACAGGACCCUCUUGCAGCAGCUGCAGCGUCUCCAGGCCAUGGUAGCCGGCAAAGUGAACCGUUCGUACAAAGCCGCAAGCACCCAGACUGGCACCUGUCUUAUGGUGGUUGUUUUGUGCUUUGCAGUCAUAUUUGGAAGCUUCACACAGACCUUUGACCCUUACCCAUCAGCCACCAAGACAGUGCAGGAACCAAGCAGACAUUCGGCACCAGAAUCAUAUGCAGCAUCGAUAGUGCGUUCUAGGAAUCUCCUGAUCUUCGAGGAGCAUCAUGGCUGGGAAGAGCUGCACAGCUCUGCAGUGACCGUUGACUCGCAUGACGCCUGGGACAGAAGCGCAGAGAUCAUCUCUCAGCAUCACAAAGCAGCAAUAGAGGAGAUCAGCCGAUCCCAGGAGAAAUCGUACACCCUGUCCAAUGACAGUCGAGAGGGAACAGUACGGCACAGGUAUACUUCGGAUUUUGUACAGAAUGAGACGAAAGUAAUAGAACUCGACAGACGAGUGAAUGCUACUUCAUAAUGGAUGAUCCUUAUCCAGCUUCUCUUUCCACGAACCCCUUUUCCCAAACCCCUGCAGCCACCCCUCAAGUUCCCGCACAGAGCCGGCCUUUUUGGACUAAAACCCACUUAACGGGUGACAUAGGCCGGGACCCAUGACUUGACAUUGGCGAAUAAAUCUACAAUAGUAGCAAGCAAGACUUUGGAAGGUACCUCUGGACCUUUUGGAUGCCUCCAGCAAAAUCCUCAACGUGGAACCAUUUCAGUUGUCCUUUUUUUUUAAUUUUUUUUUUAUAAAGGACCCGAAGGAGAGACAUUUAUAUUUUAAUAAGUUAUAUAUUCCAUGCCUUCAUGCCUUUCUGGUUUUCCCCUCGGAAAAAAAAAGCUAAGG